ACGUGCCAGCACCGGAAGUGCCGGAGCGCGGCGCUCUGCACGCCGUGGGCAGAGCGUGAGAGUGGGAGUGCGGCUCCGACCUAGUUCCGGGGGCCACGGUCUUCCGGAAGGGUCGGGGCGGCGGAGGCUGCGCGGGACCCUGCAGGCUGCGGCGGGGCUGCCGCUUGUGGGGUCGCCCCGAUGCCGCGUUUCCCGACCUGCUUCCCGUCGUUCCGGGUGGUGGGGGAGAAGCAGCUGCCGCAGGAGAUCAUUUUCCUGGUCUGGUCGCCCAAGCGGGACCUCAUUGCUCUGGCCAACACCGCGGGCGAGGUUUUACUUCAUCGUCUUGCAAGUUUCCAUCGAGUUUGGAGUUUUCCACCGAAUGAAAAUACAGGAAAAGAAGUGACCUGUUUGGCUUGGAGACCAGAUGGCAAACUUUUGGCUUUCGCUGUUGCUGACACUAAGAAGAUUGUUUUGUGUGAUGUAGAAAAACCUGAAAGCUUGCAUGCUUUUUCGGUAGAGGCUCCGGUUUCUUGCAUGCAUUGGAUGGAAGUGACUGUGGAAAGCAGUGUGCUAACAUCCUUUUAUAACGCUGAGGAUGAGUCAAACCUUCUCUUACCCAAACUACCUACAUUGCCAAAAAGUUACAGCAAUACCUCAAAGAUAUUUAGUGAAGAAAAUUCUGAUGAAAUUAUUAAGCUCUUGGGAGACGUCAGGCUUAAUAUUCUUGUCCUUGGCGGCAGCUCUGGAUUUAUUGAGUUAUAUGCGUAUGGAAUGUUCAAAAUUGCUAGAGUCACAGGGAUUGUUGGCACUUGUCUUGCACUAUGUUUAUCAAGUGAUUUGAAAUCACUGUCAGUGGUCACAGAGGUUUCUGCCAGCGGUGCUUCAGAAGUUUUGUAUUUUCAGCUUGAAACCAACCUACUGUAUUCCUUCUUACCUGAAGUCACUCGAAUGGCCAGGAAGUUUACUCACAUUUCAGCUCUACUCCAGUAUAUAAAUUUGUCACUAACAUGUAUGUGUGAAGCAUGGGAAGAAAUUUUGAUGCAGAUGGAUUCUCGUCUCACCAAGUUUGUGCAGGAGAAGAAUACGACGACAUCAGCACAAGAUGAGUUCAUGCACUUGCUGUUGUGGGGAAAAGCAAGUGUUGAACUUCAGACCCUCCUAAUGAACCAGCUGACAGUAAAGGGCUUAAAAAAGCUUGGCCAAUCUAUAGAGUCAUCAUAUUCCAGUAUACAAAAAUUGGUUAUAAGUCACUUACAGAGCGGCUCUGAGUCUUUGUUAUACCAUCUGAGUGAACUGAAAGGCAUGGCUUCCUGGAAGCAGAAGUAUGAACCUCUUGGAUUAGAUGCUGCAGGAAUUGAAGAGGCUAUUACUGCUGUGGGCUCUUUCAUACUCAAGGCCAACGAACUCCUUCAAGUUAUUGACAGUAGCAUGAAAAACUUCAAAGCAUUUUUCCGGUGGCUGUAUGUGGCAAUGUUGAGAAUGACAGAAGACCAUGUCCUUCCUGAGCUGAAUAAGAUGACUCAAAAAGAUAUCACAUUUGUUGCUGAAUUUCUUACUGAACAUUUCAAUGAGGCUCCAGACCUUUAUAAUCGAAAAGGAAAAUACUUUAAUGUUGAAAAAGUUGGUCAGUACCUGAAAGAUGAAGAUGAUGAUCUCGUGUCACCUCCGAACACAGAAGGAAACCAGUGGUAUGACUUUCUUCAAAACAGCAGCCACCUCAAAGAAAGCCCUUUGCUGUUUCCUUAUUAUCCUCGAAAAUCACUGCAUUUUGUGAAAAGGAGGAUGGAGAACAUUAUUGAUCAGUGUUUGCAAAAGCCAGCAGAUGUAAUUGGAAAGUCAAUGAAUCAAGCAAUCUGUAUUCCAUUAUACAAAGACGCUCGGAGUGAAGACUCUUCCCAUAGAUUGUUCAAAUUUCCUUUUCUGUGGAAUAAUAAAACUGCAAAUCUACAUUAUCUCCUUUUCACAAUUUUGGAAGAUUCACUUUAUAAAAUGUGCAUUUUAAGAAGACAUACUGAUAUUUCCCAAUCCGUGAGUAAUGGACUAAUUGCCAUUAAAUUUGGGAGCUUCACAUAUGCCACAACUGAAAAAGUGAGAAGAAGCACCUACAGUUGUUUAGAUGCACAGUUUUACGAUGAUGAAACUGUGACCGUCGUUCUAAAAGACACUGUAGGACGUGAAGGCAGAGAUAGGCUGUUGGUCCAGUUGCCAUUGUCUCAAGUCUACAACACUGAAGAUUCUGCAGAGUAUCAUUUCACUGGGGCUUACUCUACCAGACUGGACGAACAGUGCAGUGCCAUUCCUACUCGUACCAUGCAUUUUGAGAAACACUGGAGGCUCCUGGAAAGUAUGAAAGCGCAGUAUGUGGCUGGCAAUGGCUUUCGGAAAGUGUCCUGUGUGUUAAGCUCAAAUCUCCGUCAUGUGAGAGUCUUUGAAAUGGACAUAGAUGAUGAAUGGGAGCUCGACGAGUCUUCAGACGAAGACGAGGAGGCCGGCACCAAGCCCAUAAAAGUGAAGGAGGAAGUGUUGUCUGAGUCAGAGCCGGAGAACCAGCCAGCCGAGGCUGCAGCUUUAGUUUCAGACAUAGUCAUCAAGGUGGAGAAGCUUGACCCUGAGCUGGACUCACCCCAGUCUAGUUGACAUUAUUGUACAUGUUCUCACUUAUACCGUGAAGGACAUAGCGGAGGUGGACUAAGAUGUUUUGGCUCACUGUUAAUUGUCUUUGUGUAACAAAGGAAUAAACAGUAAUACAGUGUGCAGAACCCGUGUCUGGAGAAAACUUUUUUCAAAUGUGAAGAAAACGUUUUUGCCACGCCCCACUCAAAUCCAGAACGAUGGGUCUGACAGGGUCAGCACCCAGGAAAACUCUUCAAAGAAGAAGAAUUCUAGGAGUGGGUCUUGGCAUCCUGAGCAGAUCUAAAUUGGAAACUGAUUAUUGUUAACAUUUGUACAUGGUAAUGAUGCCGUGUAAUCGGAGAUGAACAGCCCCUGUUCCCAGAUUAGAUACAGAUAAACAGGAAAUGAGGUGGACGAAGUUAUGGGUCAUCAAAUAAAGUUUUAAGAAAAAUUCUUAAUACUCACCUCCUCUCAUGAAAUAUGUUAAAACUCGACGUAAAAUACUAUCUGCUAAGCCUAUUACUCAAAAAUACAUCACCCCAUAAAGUACGGCAUUUCUGUAAAACCACAAGGCCAUCUAAUCAAGAAAUGAGCUUUACUUUCUGUUCCAGAUAUUGUUUAUGUAAGGCUGAGAGCUAUAUAAACUCUCACAGGCUGAAUAAAAAUGGAGCUCAGAUUCACCCUCCAA